CAUAUAGCAGGCCUUGAAAUUUCCACUCGCCUGCUCGCCAAUGGCGAGUGGAAAUUAUGGUGGUGUGUCCCCCAGGGCCGUCUUGCUGAGCAGGCUCAGAGCUCAGGCCGGAUCUGUCAUUGGCACUGGGAGCGGUCAGACUGCUCAAUAGCUGAGCGCAGUGAAAGCAAAGGAAGGAGUGUGUGCUGUGCUCUCUGCCUCCCCCUAGAGUGCAGUACCCGGCUUUGUGAGUGAACAACAAAGUACUGCAACUAUUUAUAGGGGUGUGUGGUGUGUAUGUAUGUACAUGUGUGUAUCUGUACAUGUGUCGCCGUGUAUGUUCAUAUAUGUGUGUGUGUACAUGUGUCUGUGUGUGUGUGCAUGUACAUGUGUGUGUGUGUAUUUCUGUGUAUGUACAU